AUGGCAGAACUCGUCUCUGCCCUGAAACUCAAGGAGAAAUUCAUCGAACGUGCAAUGGGGCCCGAUUUCUCGAGCUCCAUCACUCGUGAUGUUCGGAGUAGCCUCACACUCGAGACGGUUCUUGAGAGUCCCGCGUCCCCAUUCCUUGUACUUUUUCUCCAUGUUGACUUCCUUCUCGUGUUUGACUUGGGUUUUGAGAUGCUUGAUCUGGCUCUCGAGUCGCGUUAUCUCAUUCUCCACCAUUGCCAGCUCACCCAAAAAUUAAACUGUGGGAGGACUUACAUUUUGCGGAAGAAAAUCUGGGAUAGCGAGGGCAGAACCGUCCUUUCGCUGAUGGAGCUGCUCCAGAUACUGUUUGCAAGGGAAUUGAAAGAAGAAGAGUGUGAAGAGGAAGAAGGAGAAGAGGAUGAGAAGGAGCUUUCACAGAAGGGCAUCAACUAUAUAGAUUUCAAGGGUUGGACCAGACAAUACCAAAGUAAUGAUCAACUGAAUGCAUUUUCAAGGGCUGGGUAA